GCACGUUUCUAAGGUCAAAGGUGAAGCAUCGAAAAAGUUGGAAGCGAGGACCUCCAUUUUGUUUUGCUUCACGAAAAAGUGAUCAGCGGUCGUUUCAACAUGCCCCCAACGGUACAGAGUGGACAAAGAGAGCAAAGGUCCAGAAAACAUGGGCUUUCUGCAGAGAAAAGGUCAGAGCUUGUUUGCAGACCCAAGUACACAAAUGCACUGCCUGACAUUCCCUUUGACCCCAAGUUCAUCACAUAUCCAUUUGAAUCCAACAGAUUUGUUCAGUACAAUCCGACAUCAUUAGAGAGAAGUUACAAACAUGAGCUGCUAACAGAACAUGACCUUGGGGUCACCAUUGAUCUCAUCAACCCUGACACUUAUGCUAUUGAUGCAGAAGCUUACCUGGACCCAUUAGAUGAGAAGCUGCUAGAAGAGGAUAUGUCAACCCCACAGGAUUCCAAGAGAUCCAGACAUCAUGCCAAGAACGUGUCCUGGUUAAGAAGAACAGAGUACAUCUCCACAGAGUAUAACAGGUUCACACCUAGCAGUGAAAAGGCAGAAACAAAGAUUGGACAUAGCAUCAAAAAACAGUUCAAAGAGGAAGACAUAUACAAGGAUAGGGAAAGUCAGAUUGCAGCCAUCGAAAAGACAUUUGAAGAUGUUAAGACGCCAAUCACACAACAUUACAGUAAGGGUGACAGGGUACAGCCACUGGAGGUUCUGGAGUUCUUCCCUGACUUUGAAAACUGGGCCUUCCCAUGUGCCCAGGUGAUAUUUGAUACAGACCCAGCUCCCAGGGGCAAGUCUGUGCCUGCAGCAGUAGAGGAGAUGUCACAGGCCAUGAUAAGAGGUAUGGUUGAUGAGGAGGGAGACCAGUUUGUGGGCUAUUUCCUACCGGUGGAAGAGACUGUGACAAAGAGGAAGAGAGAAGAGGAAUCAGAAGUAGACUAUGUGCCAGAGGAAGAGUAUGACUACAUGAUGGCUCGUGAGUACAACUGGAAUGUCAAGAACAAGUCCAGUAGAGGCUAUGAGGAGAACUAUUUGUUUGUUCAAGGAGAUGGUGUGUACUACAAUGAGCUGGAGACAAGAGUGCGUCUCAGCAAGAGGAGAGCUAAGGGAGGCCAGGGUAUCCAGUCCAGAACAUCACGUCUGGUGGUUAAGCACAGGGACUUCCUGGAGAAGGAGAGUGCUGCUCAGCAAAACCGUCUGAUGAUGCUGGAGCCUCCAGUGGUAGAGGAAGAAGAGGAGGAGGAAGAAGAAGAGGCUGGCAUCAAUGGUGACAAUGAAUUAGGUGGUGACCUGGAGAGUGGAGAUGAGCAGGAGAGGAGUGGCAGUGAGAAGGAGGAUGAGAGUGAGAAGUCAGGAAGUGAAGCUGAGGGUGAGGACAGGAUGGAGGAGGGCAGUGAGAAGGAGGGGAGUGAUGCAGGCAGCGGGUCUGAGAGCGAAGCUGAGGAUGAAAACAAGGAUGAAGAGGAGAUCUUUGGGAGCGUCAGCGGAAGUGGUAGUGAGAGUGAAGAUGGCCAGAAGAGUGACUCAGGGGAUGAUAGUGACUAAUUUGUAUACUGGAUCUAGAGUGAAUGAAAUUAUUCGACACCAAACAUCCUGUACCUAUGUGUAUACACUAUAAUCCAUUGUCUUUAGGUACAAGACAAAGGUUGUGCUGUUGAAAUUAGGACUGUAGCCACCAGGCUUUGUCAAAUUGGAUUUUGAAUCCUUCAAAGAAAAGCUGCAGUUUUCACCACUGACUAGGUGAUUGUGUGAGCUAGGCUAAAUUGCAAGGUUAAUAAAUUAAGUAAAUCAGUAAAUGGUACCCAAUUUGGUAAUUGGUAGCAGAAAAAUGGGUAGAAAUGAAAUAGUGGGCAAUUCAUCCUUGCUUCUGUGGGCUGGACAGAUGGUCCUCAAAUCCUUACUGGACUCCUGGUUGAUUUAGUUGUCGGUAAUUAUGUCUGCAACCACCCUAUUUAGUUGUUUGUGAAAUCAGUAUGAAUUGGCACUGUACUGUGAAUAGCUAAACGUUAUCAGCUAGUUGCAGGAGAAUAGCUCAUCCCUCCUACUUACAUGAAUGGCAGUUGAAGAAAAAUCAAUGCAAACACUCCUGUAACAUACUUUUUGUACUUCCCCAGAGAUCUGGGGUUCAAGCUAUCCAUCCAAGUGUCCAGAUACGUUUUGCUGUAUGACAUGAGUAGUGAAGUUGCAGAAUUUAUUAGGAUCUUCUUUAAUCAUGUAUGACGUAAACUGUACAACUUUAUCAGAAUUUCUUGAUUGCAGGUUGCUGGGACAUCAUAUACCUUUCUCCUUCUUUUCCAUUUCUUUGGCCUUGUCCAAUACCUGAGCUGACAAUUUAUUACAUGUAAAUUGAGAGCUACAAUAACUGUUGCCAUGUAACCUACAUCAUCUACCAUAGUUGUCAGACUGGAAAGCCUUCCAAUAGUGAUUCAUGUGAUUUUGUGCACCAUUACCACAGACAAAAUCCUCCAAAAUCAUAAUGUGUGGCUUCUGAGCUGUACAUGGUUAAACCCAUCAUAUUUCUUUCCUAAAGGUAUGAGCUGAUGCUCAGUAAAGCCUCAUUAUCACUGUUAUAGAAACAUGUUCACGUCUCACUAGUGAUAGACAACUUGCCUCUGUGACUUUGACACUAACAUUUUGUAUGAAUUAUUGGAGACUUCAAUGGAAUAAAGGAUCUAUUAUUAUUUGAG